AUCCAGUCUAGAGGUCCCAUGGUGACGUCACAGCAGACGGUGUCGCGCUCUGGCGCCUUCGCUUCGAAUGCGAAUAAAGUGGUGAGCGGUGGUGAAGCUAAAGCGGCUCAAUCAAAACAGUAAACACAAAGUUCGCACUUGUGUCGUUUAUUUGAAAUGGAUGUUGACGAAAGUAACGAGUCUGAGGUGGCCGUAAUUGGUCCUGUGAUGCCUGCGACGAUGCCUGUGCCUGACGACUCCGAUAGUGAUGACUCCUCGGACGAUUCAGAUGAUUCAAGUGACAGCGAUGCCGCUAUGGAACAACCCGAGGUUGAGGACUUGCCUGAGCCCGAGCCUUCACAUUAUGAUGCGCAUGUGGACCGAAUUAAACGUCUCCGCCAGAAGGGUGACGUAUCAUUGUUACGGCAGGCCCGAGAAACUAUGAACAUUACUUUUCCACUCUCCCCUGAAUUAUGGUUGAAUUGGAUUGAGGAUGAACGACAAACUGAUGCUCCGACCACUCCGGAGGGCAGAGCUGCCUUGGUUAGUUUGUUUGACCGAGCUGUGCAAGACUAUCUUUCUGUGGAAGUGUGGCUAGAAUAUGUGAGCUUCACUAUUGGAUAUAUGGCUGAACCUGAUGGAAGUAUUGAAAAAGUGCGGACAGUAUUCGAAAGAGCUUUAAUGGCUGCUGGUCUUCAUGUACCUAAAGGAGCUCUUCUGUGGGAAUCAUAUCGAGAGUUUGAAAAUAUAGUUCUUGCUGGUUUGAUGACAGGUGGUGAUGGAGAGAAUCCUACUCUUGCAGAUCAGUUGAAGAGAGUUGCAAAUCUAUUCAAAAGGCAGCUUUCUGUACCUUUAUUUAACAUGGAGAAAACACGUGCAGUCUUUGAAGAAUGGUUGGAAGAGAACAAAGCUUUGUGGACCACAGCGAGUGGCAAACCAGAAUCUGCUCUUGUGGAGAAAAAUAAUGUGGAUCUUGUGUAUAAAAAGGCUUUGGAUAGGCUUCAUCAACUGCAACCAUAUGAAGAUAUAUUGGUGUCGUGUGAGGAAAGUAUGAAGGUGACCCAUUAUAAAGAGUACUUAAAGUUUGAACAAAAUUUAGGGGAGCCUGUAAGACUUCUGUGCCUCUUUGAAAGAGCUUUGUCAGAUUGCCCACUUGAUGCUCCCCUAUGGUUAGGUUACAUUGAGUUCUCUGAUAGCAUUGGAGAUUGUGAAAAAACUUUGCAACUGUGUCAGCGGUCUGUGAGAAACUGUCCAUGGUUCUCCCUAUUGUGGCAGCAGAAUAUACGUUGCAUGGAAAAGUUUUCAAAGCCACAUGAUGCAAUCAAAGAUGUUUUUGAAGAAGCAUUGAAAUCUGGAAUGCAGACUGCUGAAGAUUACCGCAAUCUAUGGCUGGAGUAUUGUUCAUAUUUACGCCGUCGCAUUGAGUGGGGCUCCAAAGGAGAAGGUCCAUUGCUACUUGAACUUCGGAAUACGGUCAAAACUGCUUGUGAACAUUUGGAGCAAUACUUUGGUGUGGAGGGUGAUCCUGCUUGCCAUCUCCUCAGAUUUUUGGCAACAGUAGAGGCAGUUCACAGUCGAAAAAUGGAGGAAGCACGAAAGGCUUGGAAUGAUAUAAUGUAUAAGGGUCACAAAAAUGCUGCUGCCAGCUGGUUGCAAUAUGUUCAUUUAGAAAUGGCUUAUGGAGAUUCUAAACACCUCCGAAAGUUGUUUCCCAGAGCAUUGCAAUCUACUCGAGAUUGGCCAGAAAGUAUUGUAGACGAAUGGCUACAUUUUGAGAGAGUAGAAGGUACAUUAGAUUCAUAUGAAGAAGCUCUCUUUAAGUGCAGGAGCAGGAUUAAGCAGGUUACUGCAGAACGAGAAAAAGCAGCUGAACUGGAAGCAGAAAAUCAACAAGGCUCUGGUUCCAAGCAAACACAAUCUAAGAAGGGAGAUAAAAAGCAGUCAAAAGGAAAAAAGGGAACUGAUAAUUCCUCAACAGAGGAUCGCCGUGCUGUGUCCCUGAAAAGACCAGCUCCCAAAGAUAAUGAAUCAAAGGGUAAAUUCAGCAACUUAUUGCCCAAGUCUGAGCCUGAAAGAAUUUCACCCAAAAAACCAAAACUAGAUAAUACGGAUUCACCAGAUGAUCGUGGAGUGGUCACUGCACAUGAUCCUUCUAAGGAUAAUCGCACAGUUUUUGUCAGUAACUUAGAUUAUUCUACAUCCAGUGACCAAGUCCGAGAAGUCUUCUCAUCUGUUGGUACUAUCACUGAAUUACGACUUGUGAAAGAUUUCAAAGGCAGAUCCAAAGGAUUUUGUUAUGUUGUGUUUAGUUCAUUUGAUGAAAUGAAUGAAGCCCUGAAGAAGGACAGAGAGCCAAUUGAUGGGAGACCAAUAUUUGUAUCCAAGUGUGAUCCAGACAAACACACAAGGCAACAUAGCUUUAAGUACAGUACAUCAGUGGAGAAAAAUAAACUCUUUGUGAAAGGUCUUCCACUUUCAACAACAAAGGAAGACUUGGAAAAAAUGUUUGGUCAGUAUGGUAAAGUGAAAGACAUUCGACUUGUAACAUACCGCAAUGGACAUUUCAAAGGAUUCGCAUAUGUUGAUUUUGUGGAUGAGGCAUCAGCUGCUCAUGCCCUGAUCAAAAUAGAUGGAAUGACAAUGGCUGACAAAGUUGUGUCUGUGGCUAUUUCAAAUCCACCUGAUCGCAGAACCUCUCUCAUCCCUGAUCGAAAUGAAGCCUCAACUUCUAAUAUUCAAUCCCUUGGUGGAGGAAUGAAAGAUUUUGGAGCGAGAGGUCGAGGUAGAACCCAAGUUUCACUGGUACCUCGUGCUCUACAAGUGAAGGCAGAGGAAGCUAAGAGCAGCAAUGGAGAUUCUGGAAAUGCCAAUGGUACAUCAAAACCGAAAAGUAAUUCAGAUUUUCGUAAAAUGUUUCUUUCAUAAAGUUUACUUAUUAAUUGUACUGCUAUGCAGUACAGUAUAAUGAAAUUAUCUUGUAUCACUGUUCUAUUGAAGCUAUAUUGUAACUUGAUGCAAAAAUCAAUUUGAUUUUGUUUGUUUGUUUUUUUUCAAUAAAAACAAAUGUGAAUA